AUGUUGAAAGCUAAAUACAACAAAAAGGUUUACAAUCAAGAUUUUUAUAAAGUUAUUUAUAAGUAUAAUUGUGAUGACUCUCAAUUAGUUAAUUAUCUUAAAAGAAGACUUUAUCCAUCUAAAGCUUCUUGGGCUCGUGCAUUCAGCAAUAAUGUUUUUAUUAUAGACAUACAAUCAAAUUCCCGUUGUGAAUCAGUUAAUGCUACUUUCAAACGACUUUUACAUAACUCAAAUACUACACUUAUUGAUUUAUUUUUUACAGUUGAAGAAAGAUUAAUGGAAGAACAGGAUAAUAAUGAAUAUGCUAAUUGGCAGAAUGCUCUUCCAUGUACUCAGUCUACAAUUGUUUCAAGUGCAUUUGCUAAUAUAAUUGAAGAACUUAAAUUAUUUACUUUACCUCAAAUACAAAAAAUUCAUUAUAGCAAAAUGGAAAUGGCAUUUAGUUACGAUGCUAAAUUAUUGGAUCAGACUUAUAUAAAUAAUGAAACAUUACAGGAUUGGUCAUUUGCUGAUGGAUUCAUUGAGAAUCAAGAAAUUCGACAAAUAACAUUUUAG